UGUAUGCCCGUUCGACGCACAGCAUACGAACGCGCACAACGUUCCGAGACCACGUCUAUAGUGAACGUCGUGAGUCAGGUCGCGGGUUGUCUGAAGGUGCGAUGCGAUCCCGGUCGCAGGAAACCGGUAGCACUACAGCUAACGAUCAACGACCAAAAUUACAGCGACGGCAUGUCAACGGCCCGCUGUUGAGUAGAUCAUUUCAAAAGCAAAACGGUCGUGAGUCAUUUAUUAACUCCUGCAUCGCCACAACAUCAACAUCUCAAAAUGAGUCACAAGAAAAAACCCAAAGAAGACGAUCACGAAGCGUUGGCUGGAGAAGAAGUUACCACUGAUGGGCAGAAUUACGUGCUUGUGCCCCCGGAUGGUGGAUGGGGCUGGUUAGUGUUGCUGGGCAGUACACUAGUAAAUAUGUUGAUUCCGGGUACGCUUAAGUCAUUCGGUGUACUGUUCGUAGAGUUCACUGAGGCUUUUAAAGCGCAUGAAACUGCUGCUUCUUGGAUACCUGCAAUCUGUUAUUUUCUCUACUGUUUCUUGGGUCCUUUAUCGAGCUAUCUGUCAUCAAUAUACUCUUACCGCACCGUUACACUUAUCGGAGGAACAUUAGCUUCUUUGGGCCUGAUGCUCUGCUGCUUCGCUAACUCCAUCGAAUAUCUUUAUUUCAGUUAUGGCGUGUUAUUUGGUUCUGGUGCCGGAUUAGCAUUCCCUCCCGGAAUAUUUAUUGUAACUUCCUAUUUCGUCAAAUACAGAGGAUUUGCAAAUGGUGUUGCGAUAUCAGGCAGCUGUUUGGGCUCAAUGUUUUUGCCACCUUUCUUGGGAUAUUUGAUUGAACAUUUUGGCUACAGAGAAGCUGUUUUAAUACUCGGGAUGCUCACUCUUAACGUUUGGGUGGGAGCCAUUUUUUAUCAUCCCGUGGAGCAGCACAUGGUAAAACAAUACAUAGAAGAUGACAAUACAGCAGCUACGAUAGAAGUAGAAAAAGUGUCAGUAUUUUCGGCUGAAGACAAUUCCUCGGCGAUAGAAGUGAUGUCGGCAGACGGAUGUGCCGGUAGACGGGGAAAAUCAGAACCGCCAAUGGUAGCCCAAGAAACGGUGUCGUUGUUGGCCCAGAAUCUCAACAGUUGUGUAAUCGUUAACGAGUUGAACGCAUCUAGUGUGAAAAUACCUCUGGACGACAGGUUUUUGUCAACUACCGUUGAUAAGAAAAUGCCGUUCAGUAGUUGCAACUUGGUGCGCACCGAACAUUCCAUGCAUGACCGGAGUAGAGUAAAUGCAUCGCUGUCGUCACUGCGAUACGUUAGUACACCUUUUCACGGGAGUACUUUGGUGGGUCUCUAUGAAGAGUCGCAACCGAAAAAAGCCGAAGACGGUUGCUCUGGUCCUAUGGCCAAAAUAAUGUCAUCGUGGAAAAAACGACGUACGUCGUCCGGACCUUUAGAAUUGUUGUCCGAUCCCGUGUUCAUAAUCAUAUUAGUGUCUAACGCAACGACAGCCAUCGGAUACACCAAUACUGCUAUUCUGUUACCGUCGUACGCUAUCGGUAUCGGGCACGACAAGACAAGUUCGCAAUAUCUACUAUCAGUAGUGGCCGUACUCGACCUGGUUGGACGCAUUGGUGGCUCCACGCUGUCCGACUGGAUACGGUUGGACAAACGGUAUUAUUAUCUUAGCGGCCUAGUGUUGUCCGGCGUGUCGUUGUUCGUGUUACCGUUCGCGAACAGUUACGCCGCAUUGUGUUGGGCGUGUGCAGCUUUUGGUCUCGGUGCCGGCGUUGUUGUCGGCAUUACGGCCGUCAUCAUGGUGGACAUGCUCGGCGAAGAGCGGCUGUCCUCUUCGUACGGCAUAUCGCUGUUGUGCAACGGCAUCAUGCAGCUGAUCGGUCCUCCUGUGGCUGGAUGCAUAUACGAAACCAUCGGCUCGUACGGACCCGUUUUUCACGGCAUGGGCAUCAUACUGUUAUUCGGUGCAUCCGUGUGGGGGUUGGUACCUGUGUUCAGGAAGAACGUCGAAAAACUUUAGCUGUGAAUAUUAUUUUGAAAAACAGGGGGCAAAACAAUCGGAAAAUCUAAUGGAGGAUAGUCGACUUUCAGUUAUGAUCAAUUACACCUGCAACGCGAAUGGACUGAUUUUUAUUUAUUUAGACUUGUCAGAUAACACAAAAAAAAAGAACGACGUGUAUAUUUUUUAUCAUGUGUAAUUCACCAUAAUAAUAAACAUUUUUAUUACUGCGCAACGGUUUGAAUUCGAACAAAUUAUUUUGAAAAAAAAGAACCUCUACGAAUAUUGUACGGUAUUCAUUGUUAGUCCUCAUAAAAUAUUUUAUUCCAUUUAAUUGUAACGUAAUGUAAUUUAUAAUAUUUAUACGCAUAUUGUCUAAUACAGUAGUGCCACUAAAUUAAUUUUUUCCAAACAAGGCGCGAUGUUUUGUUUUUGCAUAGAGUUCCUCUUGAAAAUACUAAUUUUUAGUCAUACAUAGUAUUAUUACAGUAAACAUUGUAACAUUCAUUGUACUGUGUUAUAUACGUAUAUUUUAAUAAGUUUGACGAUAAUUUGUCAAAUUAUUUAUUUCUUCUAGAACUUAAUUUUUUUUUUGUUAAAAUAUUGUCAAAUAAUUUAUUUUCCCCUUUUUUUGAAGAAAGUAUUCCCAGUGGAGUACAUCGCAAAUUGGUCCUAACAUUUAUUGAAUUGUGGUGUUAAAAACGACGAAUUUAAUAUUAUAAAAUAAGUAUGAUAAUGAUUUGUACGUUAAUUAUUUUACAUUUGCGUACAUGUUGUUUUAUUACUUAUGCUCGACCGAUAUUAUAUAUUUUAUGUCAGUUACCAUAAUGUAAAAUCUACGAAAUGUUAAUUAUAAAAUGUCUAUACUUACCAAACAAUCGUGAUUGUAGUGAUGGUAAUUUAAUAAUGAUGGAAUUUAUUUGAUAACGUUACUAAUAAAAAAAAAGAAUAUUUAUUUUAUGUUAUUGAAGCUCACAAUUUUUUUCUAAACAAACUAUGUGAAUAACUUGUUCAAAAUUUUAUGUAUAUAAUAUUAUUACGUAUAGUAUUUAUUAUGAAUAAAUACAAAUGAUUUGUAAGUACCUUGUUGAAAUAUUUAGAGAAUUGUCAAAAAAAUGUAAUAUAUGUUAUUGUAUUUUAGAAUAUAAUGUUUACAAUAUAAUUAAUAAAUUAUUAUAUUUAUCUAUGUUUUAA